CUGUCCUUUGUAGACAUCUGUUUCACCUCCACCACCAUCCCAAAGAUGCUGUGGAACAUUGAGACCCAGAGCAAACUGAUAACCUAUAAAAGCUGCAUCACUCAAACGUAUUUUUUCAUACUCUUUGUAGGACUGGAUGACUUCCUCCUAACAGUAAUGGCCUAUGACCGCUUUGUGGCCAUCUGUUACCCCCUGAAUUACAAGGUCAUCAUGAGCCUCCAGAUCUGUGGAGUUCUGGUUUUGGUUUCCUGGAUCAUCAGUGUCCUGCAUUCUUUUUUACAAACCUUAAUGGUUUUGCAGCUUUCCUUCUACACACACACAGAAAUCCCUCAUUAUUUCUGUGAACUUAAUCAUUUGCUCCAACUUGCCUGUUCUGAUACCUUUCUUAAUGACAUAGUGAUGUAUUUUGCAGCUCUGCUUCUGGGUGGUGUUCCCCUGGCUGGUAUCUUUUACUCAUACUCUAAGAUAGUGUCUUCCAUACAUGGAAUAUCAUCAGCUCAGGGUAAGUAUAAAGCAUUUUCCACCUGUGCAUCUCAUCUCUCAGUUGUCUUCUUAUCUUAUUGUACGUGCUUAGGAGUAUACCUUAGCUCUGCUGUUACUCACAUCUCACACUCAAGUGCAGCAGCCUCGGUGAUGUACACUGUGGUCACACCCAUGCUGAACCCCUUCAUUUAUAGUCUGAGGAACAAGGACACAAAGAGGGCUCUGAAAAGAUUUGUUGGACUUGAAGCUGCAAAGGGACAAUUGUCCUGGAGUUGA